CCACCCCGGCGCGCGUGAUGUCAGGCGGCCCUGCCCAGCGCAGCCAGAGCGCAGCCGGGCGUCUUCGGCAGCAGCGGCAGCAGCGACGGCUCUGGCUCCGGCUCCCGAUCCGAAUCGGAGCUGCGCUCCCGGGAGGUUGGGCACCGUCGGCGGCGUGGCCUGGGCAGCGAGUCCUGGAUGCCCCGCGCUGGGCGACCGGCCAGGGGCUCCCAUUGCCGGGGCGCCGCGGCCGAGGGGCAGAGGGCUGCCCGCCACCCACCGCCGCCAGCACAAUGAGACGGCGGAGGACCCCUGGCGACGUGCUGUGCACCUUCGUCUUCCUCCUCUGCUACGCGAGGCCCCAGGUCUCCGAGGCGGCGGGAACCUUCGAGCUGCAGAUCCGCUUUGCCCGCAACGAGAAAGGGGUGCUGGCUGACGGGCGGUGCUGCCGCGGGGGCCUGGAUCCGCCGUGCCCCGUGGCGCAGCAAUGCCACGCCUUCUUCCGGGUCUGCCUCAAGGAAUACCAGCUGCGGGCUCUGCCCGGGGGCCCCUGCGUGCUUGGGGCUGCCACCACACCCGUCCUAGGGGGCAAUGUCUUCUCCACCCCUCACCAGAAGAAGAGCGAUCACGCCGGCAGGGUGGUGAUCCCGUUUGAUUUUGCCUGGCCGCGCUCAUACUCUCUGGUUCUGGAGGCCUGGGAUGCCGUCAACGCUUCUGACGUCACCAGCCAAGGCGGAGGGCAGCUGAUGGAGCGGGUGACCCGUUCGGGAAUGCUGAACCCUGGCGAAGGCUGGCAGGACCUGUGGCAUCACGGGCGCAGCACCUCGCUGGAGUACCGGGUGCGAGUGCGCUGCCAAGAGCAUUACUACGGCCCGGCCUGCAACUUCCUGUGCCGGCCCCGCGACGAUUUCUUCGGGCACCACAGCUGCGACGCUGCGGGCAACAAGGUCUGUCUGGACGGCUGGACGGGAGACGAAUGUAAACGGGCCAUUUGCCGGCCGGGUUGUCACGAAACGCAUGGGACCUGUGAGGAGCCUGGAGAAUGCAAGUGCCACUACGGGUGGACCGGUCAACUCUGCGACGAGUGCAUUCUUUUCCCAGGCUGCGUUCACGGCAGCUGCACCGAGCCCUGGAAGUGCGACUGCGAGACCAACUGGGGGGGCAUCCUCUGCGACAAAGAUCUGAACUACUGCGGGUCUCACCGUCCGUGCAAAAACGGCGGCACUUGUGCAAACAACGAGCCGAACGAGUACGAGUGCCUUUGUCCUGAUGGAUUCCACGGCCGGAACUGCGAGGAAGCUCUCCUUCCGUUACCCGUUGCCGAAUUAACUUGCACUCCCGAGCUCUGUGCCAACGGCGGAACGUGCCUCAACACCUCACCUGGUUUCCGGUGCGUGUGCCCCCCAGGAUGGAGCGGGGAGUUGUGUCAGCACGAGGUGACCGACUGCCUCUCACAGCCCUGCAGCCACGGCGGGACUUGCAAGGACCUCCCUGACGGCUUCAAGUGCCUCUGCCCUCCACAAUGGACAGGGAAGACCUGCCAGAUCGAUGUGAACGAAUGCCAGAAGAACCCAUGUCUCCACGCGCGUGGGUGCAAAAACCUCAUCGGGGGCUAUUUCUGUGACUGUCUGGAUGGCUGGACUGGAACAAACUGCAAUAUCAGAGAAAACUCUUGCCGGAGACGAUGUCGCAAUGGAGGGACCUGCCAGGUGAAAGGCGGAAGGCACCUCUGCACCUGCCGGGAGGGCUACACAGGCGCAGAGUGCGAGACGGAGCUGAGCGCCUGUGGUGGCGCCCCCUGCCUGCACGGAGGGCAAUGCCAGGAGAUGGAAAACAAGACCUUUCUUUGCAACUGCCCUCCCGGGCUUAGUGGCAGUCGCUGCGAGGUCUUUGUGGAUCCCUGCUCCUCGAACCCAUGUCCCGACAACGCUUCCUGCGUGGGCAGCGAGGGCAGCUACGUCUGCUCUUGCCCCGAAGGCGCUGCUUGCCGGCAACUGCGAGAGGCCUGCCUCGACGGCGUGUGCCAAGGAGCCGCCAACCCAACGAUCCUCUAUGUGCUGCUGCCGCUGGCUGCCCUGCUCAUCCUGGCGGUCCCCCCCUUGGUCCUCCUGGCGCUGUGGAUCCACCGCAAAUCCCAGGGGACUCCUCCAGCCGCACCGGAACCCGCCACCAACAACAGUCUGCAGCCCGACGCCGUCCACCUGAUCCGCAACUUCACCCACGGCGACGCCGAGCAGGGGCCCGGGGAGGAGGAGGCCAAGGCGGGGCGACCCCCAGGAACGCGCCCGUCCUGCGGGCUCCCAAAGACAGACAUCUCCAAUGAGGAGAGGGCCAAACUGAACCGGCUGAACGCCACCCCAGCCUUGCCAAGGCCUCUGCUCUGACCCAGUGGGAGAGGGGACGGUGUUUCAGCUGUGUGCACAAAAAUUAAAAAGGCGGAGAGGGGAAUUGGACCCGCAGAGGAGGACUCCGUCAGCACUGUGAUCAGGGGCUAAAGAGCCCAGUGGCACUGCCCCCCCAAAAAAGUGGGGUGUGCGACCCCCAAAGCACCUUCCUGACCAAUCAAGCCUUUUGUAGUAGCAGUCCGUCCAUACUUGCCCAGCGCUGCUGUAUUUCUGACUUGGAAAGGAUGCCAGGGUUCCUGUCUGCCUUUCACUUUAGGGCAGCGAGGAGCAGCUUCUGUGAAACACGUGUGCUGGCAGGCGGAAGCCCAACAGGUUGGGUCACCGGAUGACGACCCCACUCCUUAAAGGGGGAUCGGUUGGGGAGAUUAGUUCUCUGGAUGCGAGGAAAGCCGUCCCUCCAAACUUUAGUCUGGCAAAGGCAGUAUGGAAGCCGGGAGGAUUUUGGCUCCACUGCCGGACUUUUCUCAGAGAGUCCUGGUUGGCCAGAGGACAAUGAAAAGUCACCUUGCCUUGCUUCUGCUUCCAAAGGGGUUAAAGGGGUGUGUGUGUCUAAUUUGAAUGGAGAGAAGGGAUUGGAGGAGCUGGGCCGCGCCCAUCUGGACCUAGCCACCGAUUGGCUACAUGGUCCGGAAAGCAACAUUAUGGAGUGCAGGGGGGCCAGGGCAGAAGAUUGCCUUGUGGCCAAGCGUUGCUGACAACUGCCGGCCGUUUUGCCAUGAGGGAAAACAGGAAAUGCCAGCCCUUGCUUCCUCCUCUGCCUGAGGGGACUGGAGGAGGGCCAGGGAAGGCAGCAGGGGAGAAGAAUGGAGACCCCCGAAAAGCAGGCAGAGGGGUGGGGUGGACAAAAAGCGCAGGAAGCAGCGAGUGCCACACUCCUUGGAGGGCCAGAUCUGCCACCCAUCACAGCCUGCCGCCUGAGGCAACUGCCUCAUCGAGCGUCAUGAUGGGCCGGCCCUGCUGGGAGGGGUGGCAAAUGGGCCAAGGAGAAGCCCGUCGAAGGCCCUACACCCCCACCAAUUGUAUCGGCCACCUCUUGUCACGGGGCAUCAAAGCUAAGACCUCCCUUCCUGGAUCAGACCAGAGGUCAUCUUUUCUGCCUAUAAGAGCCUGUCAGGUGACUCAGAGGAUGCUCCUGUGGGGGUGGGCAGGCUGUCCCCCCACCCUAAAUCUAGUGCCUCUGUGCUCCUGGAUGUUUCAAGCCAGGGACGGGGGAACCUGUGGUCCUCUGGGUGUUACUGGACUACAACUCCCAUCCGAUCCAGCCAGUGUGGCCGUUGGUCAGGGAUGAUGGGAGCUGUAGUCUAGUGAACGUCUGGAAGGCCCAGUUUUGGUCCAUCAUGCUUAAGAGCCAUUUGAUGCAAGACUUUCCGUCCUCGAGAAUUUUCCUAGCCUCCGGAAGCAGCAGCUGACGAGUUCUGGGUAUAGAUAUCUAGCGCUUUGACGCCUGCCCCUGCUCCCUGGCCAGCUCCACAGCCCUGAAGGCGAGGGUCCGGUGGUCUAAACUGAGACUAAAAACUUAAUUUCCAAAUGAGCUGGGGUGUUGGUCCUAAUGCAUGAUGGGGUGUAGAAGCUGCUCCACAUUAGGAGAUGCCCGCUGUGGUUUCUGUUGCAGAAGACGAUGUAAGUUUGCACAGUGAGCAGUUGCGGAGGGGAAAGCUAGCGCCAGCCCUACCAUUAGUCCGAGCAAGCAGCUGCCUCAGGCGGCAGUUAGCAGGGGGUGGCAGCAGUUUCUCCACACAAACACACCCCAAUACUCAACUCCCCUAAACUAGCUGACUCGUCACCUCCUAAGCUAGCUUGAUGACCUUCAGAUGUGGUGGAAGAUGCCAACCUAGUGUUGAAAUCAGAGUCGCCCGUCGGUCUGGCUGGAUUCUGUACGCAGAACUGGGCGACGCCAUCUUGCCAUAUGCCUCCGGCUGUGCUGGUCCCAAGGGCUAACCGUGCAGCGAGGUCCGAGUCCAGUCCGAGGUCA